AUCCAUACCCAGUUGUAUAUGUUCAAAGAGAAUAAUCAUUUUUUCUUUUGUUUUGCAUAAAUUUUGACUUUCUCACUCUUUUUUUUUGUGUCUUUCUGUCAAUAAAUUAUUUCUUUUUUGCUCCUUUAUUCUUCUAUAAAUUUUCCAUCUCUUCAAUUUGUGGAAGAAAGAGAGAAAGCAUGGGCAAGCAAGGACCUUGCCAUCACUGUGGAGUUACAAGCACCCCCCUUUGGCGCAAUGGGCCUCCUGAGAAGCCAGUGCUGUGCAAUGCAUGCGGAUCUCGAUGGAGGACAAAGGGAACACUAGCAAAUUACACGCCUCUUCAUGCUCGGGCUGAGCCUGAUGAUUUUGAAGAUCACAGAGUUGCCAAGGUGAAGAGCAUAUCCAUAAACAAGAACAAAGAGGUGAAACCGCUUAAAAGAAAGCAGAAUCAUGAUAGUAUGGUGAUGGUUGGAGGGCUUUCAACUGAUUACAACCAGGGUUUCCGAAAGGUUGUGGACGAAGAUGCAAGUAACAGAUCUAGUUCUGGCUCAGCCAUAUCUAACUCUGAGAGCUGUGCACAAUUUUGCAGUGGAGAUGCUAGUGAUUUGACAGGUCCAGCACAGUCGGUGGUGUGGGAUACGAUGGUACCCUCUAGGAAAAGGACUUGCGUUAAUCGUCCGAAACAAUCUUCUGUUGAGAAGCUGACAAAGGAUCUUUAUACCAUUUUACAAGAACAACAGUCUUCAUACUUCUCUGGAUCUUCUGAAGAAGAUCUACUUUUUGAGAGUGAAACACCAAUGGUUUCGGUUGAGAUAGGACAUGGAAGCGUCCUAAUUAGGCAUCCCAAUGCCAUUCUUAGAGAAGAGGAAUCUGAAGCUAGCUCGCUUUCUGUCGAUAACAAACAUUCCCAUAGUAACGAGGCUUAUUCUCGGUCUGCAACCCUUUAUGAUAGCAUGGGUGCUAAUUUUAUCGGUCCAGGAAGUGAAAAGAUUAACUUUUCUGGACAAGGGAUGCAACAAGAGCAAGUUAAAAGGGAAAAGUCUCAGCAUGAGAUCUUCCAAAUAUUGGGAAGCCAUAAUUCACCGUUGCGUCAUAUAGAUUUGGCUGAUACUAUAAAUUUUGAGGAGUUCAUGAGAUACUUGACAAAUGAAGAGCAACAACAACUACUGAAGUAUCUUCCUUCAGUUGAUGUUGCUAAACUUCCUGAAAGCCUCAAAAGCUUGUUUGAUAGCCCUCAAUUCAGGGAGAACUUAACUUCCUUUCAACAACUGCUUGGGAAAGGAGUCUUUGAUAUCUCCUUCUCAGGGGUGAAACCCGAAGACUGUAAAACUUUAAAGAGGCUUGCAUUAUCCAACUUGUCGAAAUCUAAAUGGCUUGAACACUAUCAUCUUCUCAAGAAUUCUAAAAGUAGCUCGAGAGCAGCUGUUGUUGCUGGACCUAAUGUCACGGCGUCUAAUAAUUUUGCAAAUGCGAAGAGAUCACAAGACAGCCAAAAUAAAAAAUUUCCAGAAGUGAAGAUUGUGAUGAAGAGCCCCAAGAGGGUGAUAAUGAAGAGUAGUUAUGAAAAGAAAGAAGUCAUAGACAAUGACGGUUCUUGCUUUAGCCCAAGAAGCCUGUUUGCUUUGCCACCAGAUGGCAGCUCAUUCUUGCUGGAGUCAAUCAAUUUUGUCAAAGAAAGUUCCGAUCAGGAUCUGCUGCUGGACGUGCCAUCCCACGGCUCUUUCGCACAAGCAGAGCUUCUCCACCCGGCAUUAAGUUUUGGUUCCCAACAGACGAGCACUAGCAGUAGCUCUAUAUACCCACAUCUUCUCCAUCCCUGAAAACGCCGAGUGUACCCAGCAUCGAUCUGUAGGACUAUAUAAGAAUUUUCUAUGCCUGAGCUAGAAUCCAUGACUGCGGUUCACGUAUUUUUGCUUGGUAGACACAAAAAGAGAGAAAAAGAAGUCUGUGAAUGAGGUUUGAUAGUUGUUUCUUCUUUUCCCUUGACUUUUUGAACUUGGAAUUCUAGGGGAUGAAUUUGGGUGGGUUUUUGUUGUAUAGGUUGACAAUAGGUUGUAAUAUAUAGUUCAUUAUGCACAAGCGGUGAAAUUCUAGGUUUUUGUAUGAAAACUUGCAGCUUUUAGUCUUUGCUUGGCUAUAGUAAGCAUGAGAUAAAGGUGGGUUUUUUCUUAA